GUUGACAGCCGUCCGAUUGGAAUGAGUCCCGGUUUUGGACGGAGUGGGCGAGUGGCAUCUUUCUUCUAUAAGCUUCUAGCAGCAUCCGCCACCGCCGCGGAGGCCCAAAUAUAUCUCCCCGCGUCCGCUAGCCCUAGCCGCCGUCCGCCGACUUCAUCGUCGCCGUCGUCUAGACCUCUUCACGCACUGGAAAGGUUAAAGUCCGACAUCAAUGGCGAAGCAUCAUCCUGAUCUCAUCAUGUGCCGGAAGCAGCCUGGCAUCGCGAUUGGCCGCCUUUGCGAGAAAUGUGAUGGCAAGUGUGUUGUCUGCGACUCGUACGUGCGCCCAUGUACGCUUGUCCGGGUCUGCGACGAGUGCAAUUAUGGUUCGUUCCAGGGAAGGUGUGUGAUCUGUGGAGGAGUCGGCAUCUCAGACGCUUACUACUGCAAGGAGUGCACCCAGCAGGAGAAGGACCGGGACGGUUGCCCCAAGAUCGUGAAUCUCGGAAGCGCCAAGACGGAUCUCUUCUAUGAGCGCAAGAAGUAUGGUUUUAAGAAGAGAUGACCGAGAAGAUGGAGCUGUGUGUGGUUCACUUUGGCUGUGUGGUCUGUUCUAUGGCACUGAAUACUGAGAGUAGGCAGCUGAGACAGCAGCUUUGUAUUCCUGUUAUGGUUUGAUAAUUGAUACUCGCAUGGAAAUACAGCUGUGAUAUGCGUUGUAAUAACUAAGUCCAACUGUAUGAUGCAAGAGACUGCUUAUGUAAUCUGUGCUUGAUGGUAAUGGUUAUGAAUGGACUUGAAAUAUUGGCACGAUAGCUGUCAUCAUAU